AUGCCUCGUUCCCACGAUCCGACACGUGUCGAAUUGCUCCGUAAAGAGGACCGGCAACUGGCCGAGAAGCGGGUCUCGGUCUCAGUCGAGGAUAUCCGUGGGGCUCUCGGAGCUAACGGAUCCUGGAGAACACUUAAAAAUGAAGCCGGAGCCGGCGGAGCAGCCAGCAAGCCCAUCGCUCCGUAUCCUCUUCCCCAGUUCUACCUCCAACCGCCGUCCACCACGAACGGAGCCGGUGGAAGUAAAAAUGGAUCGCCGGGCGGAUCUGUAAACUCGUUGAGAUUUCCGUUCAGCAGCAAGAAGAACGACGAUGAAGUGGACUUGGGGUGGGAAAUUUAAGAGCUCACAAAACAAAUUCUCAAAUGCUCCAACUAAUCCGACUCAUUUUCAUCGCAUUGCAACAGUUUCAGACACCGCGGCGAGCUGGACAUCUCCGAGAAGUACAAUUAUGAUUUGAGCAGAGCCCAGCUGAAAGCGAGCAGCAGAACGUCCGCCCUUCUCGCCGGAUUCGCAAUGGUUAGUCUCCUCCGAUGCGUAUGGACUUCAUCUGAAACUCCCCAGGUCUUCAGGUGUGUCUCGUCGAGCUGCAGUACGAUGCUUCGACGCCGAAGCCGCUGCUGAUUGUGUUGGGAGUGGUGACGAGUCUUUUGGUAGGGUCUCGACGCGAGAUUACUGUAGAAACACUGUGCCUUCAGGUCUCCGUCCACUUGCUGGCUCUCAUGAUGUCGACGUGCAUUUUGCCGUACAUGGAGGCUACCGGAUGCACUCAGGACUCUCCGCACAUCAAAUUGAAGUGAGUAGAUCGUAAAAAUCGUAAAAUUAUGUCCGUUUUUCAGGUUCUACAUCGACCUCUCAUGGCUGUUCUCCACGUGCAUCGGUCUUCUCCUCUUCCUCGUCGAAAUCGGUGUCAUUUUCUACGUAAAGUUCCUGGCAGUCGGCUAUCCGACGGCCGGAUACAUCACCACCGCCAUGCUCAUUCCCGUCGGCGUCGUCUUCGUCGUCUUCAGUUAUCUGAUCCACAAGAACCGCGUUUCGCACUCAUUGGGACGCUUUAAGGAUAAGGUAAGCGGCCGGAUAGAUUCACUCAAAUCAAUGAAAAGCCAAUUCAGGUGGACACGAUGAAACAGUUCCUGGACGUUGAGGCGAAUCUUCAGAAGAGCACUCAUGCUCCGUCCGCAAUCAGGGACAUUUGA